CAGGAGCGCGGUGACCGAGAAGGAUAUCCGACGCUGACAUUCGUCAAUUGUGGAAUAAUGGUUCUGGAUUCGUGGUACCGUCCCUCCGGCAUCAGCUCCGGCUGGCUGAACCUGAAUCAUAUGCUCCUCCUAUCCUUCGUAAUUUUCAAACUCAUCCACUUGUCCCGAAAUUGGCUCCCGAUUUGGGACGUCUCAUCGUACGCAUUCGUGCUUGCGUUCUCCUGCUGGUUCGGUUUCGUCACCUAUCGAUGGCUCAAGAGGCACCCUCUUGCUUCCACCAUCGCUAGCUACAAAAAAGCUGUUCUGAUAUCAGGAUGCGACAGUGACCUCGGAAACAUCUUGGCCCGCAGAUUAGCCCACAGAGGAUUCCGAGUCCUCGCGGGUUGUUCCGAUCCUGAGUCUCCACAAGCAAUGAAGCUGCAGUCGAUUUCGAGGGUCGAUGUUUUAAGCCUAGAUGUCACGAAUCAGAACAGUCUCGACGAUACUUUCCGACUCGUUGAGAUGAAGCUCGAGGAAUCUGAGAACGAUCUCUGGGCUGUUGUCGCCCUCGAAAACCUGAUGGAAAUCGGAGAAAUGGAGUGGCUUCCUGUGGACAAAAUGCAACGGAUGUUGAAUGUUAACGUGAUGGGAUCGGUGCGAAUGGUGAAAACCUUCCUGCGACUCUUGAGGAAGAGCAGAGGGCGAGUGGUUAUAUCCUCCAGUGCUUUCGGAGAUGCGCCCUUCCCCGGGCUAGUGGGCUAUUCCGUGAGUCAAGCCGCUGUGUCGAGUUUGGGCCGAGGAUUGAAAAGGGAGUUAGCACAGUGGGACAUUGACGUUUCGGUCGUCCAGCCUUCUCUCUACGAUACUGGCUUGUCACGCAUCGCAGAGAGGAAGACUUCUUUCAUGAGAGAGGACCUACUUGAACUCCCUGAACAGCUACGCGGGGAUUAUGGUCAUGAUUAUUUCAUCGGCUUUUGGAACGCGAUGAACCGAUUCGUUACGGACAAUGCUAAUCCACGCUGCGAAGAGGCAGUCUCAGAACUUGUGCGAGCAAUUACCACCGUAUGGCCCGAAACCCUUUACAGAGCUGGCAGCUGGCGGCAGGUGCUCUUCCACAACUUACUCGACUACCUACCCUUGGAACUUGCAGAUUUUAGCAUGGAGUUGCUGAUCAAAAAUCAGAUCGAACCCGAAGCGGUCGUGGCACCCGCCAAUUGACCAGUGAAUUCGAGGAUUUGGUCGCGCGAGGUAAGUCGCGUCAAUCUUAUCCGAUUCGAUGAUUGUAGCGCUGAGAAUGCUUCGGAACGUAUCCUCCCAGUUCUCCCCGGGCCAGCUGUCAGGGGAGC